CAUGACUUCUCUACAUUAUUGAUCAAUCCACGUCUUUUGUUUACUCCAAAUGAAACGCGCUUAUUCCAAAUUCACCGUUGUUUGGUUGACUUGUACUCUUCCACAGAAAUAAUAUAUUAGGCUAUAGCUGACAAAUAAGCCCAAUUAUCUGAAUUUUCUACACAUGCGAAGUUUUGAAUAUACAAAAAGCUGAAAAUUUUCACAUAAUAAAAUGCAAAGAAAUGACUAAUCAAAAGAUUUUGGUUCCCACAGCUUUUCAAUAUCAUGUGGAUUACACUACAGUUUUACUCAACACAAUACAGAAACUGUUCUGCUAACAUGUAAUAGUUAUAGGAAAAAACUCAUCCAUGAAGACGUCACAACAAAACAUGACAUGUACAAGGUGUCUAAGCUUCAUUCUCCUUCUCAACUUCCUCUUCACCUUAACAAGUGCAGAACAAUCACCAUUUUACAUGUACAGUUUUUGCCAGAACUCAACACAGAAAACACCUAACCCUUCACACCAGUCCAACGUUAAUAACUUCCUUUCAUGGAUAAACUCUGAUUCUGCAUCAGGAACAGUAUCUAACCACACCACCAUUAGCAGCAAAAACAAUCGUGAUGAUGAUGAUGUUUAUGGGUUCUAUGAUUGUCGGGGAGAUGUCACAGUAAGUUUCUGUCAAUUCUGUCUCAACAUUGCUGUCGGAGAAAUUCCACAACGUUGUCCCAACGGUGUCUCAUCUAUGAUAUGGUUUGACGUAUGCAUCGUCGGUUACACUAACAAGAAUUCCACAGGAGAAGUUUCUGUAGCCCCGUCAUGGAAUGUUACAGGAUCUAAAACCGUUAAGGACUCAACAGAACUUGCGAAAGCAGAGAAUAACGUGAGGAGUUUGAUAGAUAGUGUGACUACAGAAGGCAAUCUCAAUUGGGCAUUGGGCGCGUUCAGUUGGAGUAACACUGUGAAAAGGUAUGGUUGGGUGCAGUGUAAUAGAGUCCUCAGUAAGAAUGGAUGCAAACAGUGUUUGGAGGCUAUGAUGGAUUUAGUUCCUAAGUGCUGUGGAACAAAGGUAGGUUGGGCAGUUAUGUCACCUAGUUGUGGGGUGAAGUAUGAUGAUUAUAGGUUCUACCAGGUUAAUAACCAAACAGGAUCUCGUUCUCCUAUGCCGAUUCCAGACAAGCAAGAAGGUGCAAGUAAUACCAAAACCUUGAUCAUCACCUUAGUAAGUGUACUGGUGGCAGUGUCUAUUCUAAGUUGUUGUAUCUACUAUUGCUGGAGAAAGAAUGGGUUAUGUAAAGGUGGUUUUCUGUUCAGGACUAUAGCUUUUCAUGAUCAUGUUCAAAGAGAGGAUCCAUUGAAUGGAGACCUUCCUACAAUCCCUUUAACUGUAAUUCAACAAAGCACCAAUAACUUUUCAGAGUCAUCUAAAUUAGGAGAAGGUGGAUACGGCCCUGUUUACAAGGGUACUUUACCAGAUGGCACAGAAGUUGCUGUCAAAAGGCUUGCAGAGUUGUCUGGUCAAGGUUCAGAGGAGUUCAAGAAUGAAGUAAUCUUCAUAGCUAAAUUGCAACACAGAAACCUUGUGAAACUCUUGGGUUGCUGCAUUGACGGAAAUGAAAAAAUACUAGUAUAUGAGUACAUGCCAAAUUCAAGCCUUGACUUUCACCUUUUCAAUAAGGAAAAGCAAAGGCAACUAGAUUGGAAUUUACGACUAUGCAUUAUCAAUGGAAUCGCAAGAGGAUUGUUGUACCUUCAUGAGGACUCUCCACUUAGAGUAAUCCAUAGAGAUCUGAAAGCCAGCAAUGUUCUUCUGGAUGAUGAAAUGAAUCCAAAAAUAUCAGAUUUUGGAUUGGCAAGGACAUUUGAAAAAGACCAAUAUCAAACAAAAACAAAAAGAGUUAUUGGCACCUAUGGAUACAUGGCUCCAGAAUAUGCCAUGGCUGGGAUAUUUUCAGUGAAAUCUGAUGUUUUCAGCUUCGGAGUUCUUUUAUUAGAAAUCAUUUAUGGAAAAAGAAAUGGUGAAUUCUUUCUUUCAGAACAUAUGCAAAGUCUUCUAUUAUAUACAUGGAGACUCUGGUGUGAAGGAAAAAGUUUAGAACUAAUUGAUCCGUUCCACAAAAAAACAUACAUUGAAAGUGAAGUCACGAAGUGUAUACACAUUGGUUUAUUGUGCGUACAAGAAGAUGCCGCAGAUCGACCAACCAUGUCCACCGUAGUUCGCAUGCUAGGGAGUGACACAAUGGUCCUUCCAGAACCCAAGCAACCAGCAUUUUCAGUUGGGAGAAGAAUGUCCAAGAAUGAAGAUCCAACAUCAAAAAGUUAUAAGGAUAAUUCUGUUGAUGAAGUAACCCUAACUAUUGUUGCAGCUAGAUAGUUGAUAUUAUGGUUCAGUUUGUGAGAGAUUUGAAAAUGAUUAAGUUCAUUUAGAGAAAUAUUUGAAGUAAGAAAUUAAGAUAACCAAUUUUAAAGUUGUUGAGAAGCUACCCUAAAUUUCCUCGAAGGCUGAUGAACCACUUGUUCAUUACUCAGUUGAGUUGCAAAUAUAAGUCUAACCAGUUGCAAAUAUCCGAUCAGAUCAUGACUAAAAACCACUACCAUAAAACCGGCAAUCCAACUGGUGAAAACUGGCAGUUACAGGGAUUGAACCGUGUUUUUGUUUGUUCAUACCGCAGCCUCCUAUUUUAUAACCAAAGCCCAUGAUUACUUACCUAUAAGUUAUCAAUGUGAGACCUAUGACUGUCCUUUUAUAAUUUACUCAAUCUAGUGAAGUUACUGUUAUUCUUUAUAUCACUUUAUCAAACCGUUUUGUUCAGAAAUCCCAUAAUGGAAUAUAAGUUCAAAACGUCAGCAGUAUAAAAUAGAUUAAAUGCAUGUGAUUAGUUAGUUUAUUUGUAAAUUGCAAGAUUAGCAUGUAUGUUUCGAAGAGGGAUUUCUUUAUACUUCUACUACAAAGACUACUAGUACAUGCAUCCAUGUAUGAGUUCGAGGCAUUGGUUUUGUGCUCACAGUAUUUUCAGUUUUGAGGCAAUAGACACAAAGAACCAGGCUGAGAAACAGUUGAAAGAGCUAGGAGACAAGGUUUCUGGCCAUGUGCUAAGUUUCUAGUGGUUUUUGUAAAUGGAGAGCGGACAUGUGUUCUUUCAAAAAUAAAAUAAUAAAGUGGAUUUAAUUUUUAA